AAUUUUAGUGGUCUUUGUGAAGGCAUAUAUUUGUCACUGUGGUAUCAGUUUAAUUUUUCUUUUUAGGUAAAGCUCGCCAGACUAACACUUGUAAUAAUAAUAUCACAUAGGUUCCUUGAGUCUGAGUAGGUGGGGUCACAAGAGCCAAGAUGGCUGACUUGAACGAACCGUUAUCAGACGAGGCUGACUUUAGGGAACCGUUAUCAGACGAGGAGAAGGUUCGCAUUGCAGCUAACUUUGUGACCCGUGCUCCCCCAGGAGAGUUCAACCACGUCUUCAAUGACGUGCGGCUUCUUCUCAACGAUGAUGCCCUCUUCAGGGAAGGAGCAUCACACUCAUUUGCCCAGUACAAUAUGGAUCAAUUCAUACCUGCCAGACAUGAUGGCUCCGAAGACCCGGUACUGAUUACAGAGCAUGGUGAUCUGGGUCAGGGCCGCUUUCUGGACCCACGCAACAACUUGUCGUUCCGUUUUGACCACCUGAGCAAAGAAGCGAGCGAUGUACAGACAUAUGAAGGGGACCAAUCUCUUAAAACCUGGAGAGAUUGCUGUGACAAUGCCAUUAGUGCCUAUGUCAAAGAGCAUUACCCUUCUGGAGUCUGCACAGUAUAUGGGAAAACUGUUGAUGGCCAACACACUAUCAUAGCAUGCAUUGAAGGACAUCAGUUUCAACCCAAAAAUUUCUGGAAUGGUCGCUGUAGGUCCGAGUGGAAACUUAACCUUGGGCAGUCCUCUGCGCAGGUUGUGGGAGUAUUGAAAGUCCAGGUGCACUACUAUGAAGAUGGGAACGUGCAGCUGCUUAGUCAUAAAGAGAUAGAGCAGUCAAUACCAGUGACGAGCGAAACUGAGACCGCUAAGAAUUUUGUUGACAUUAUUGAAGAGGCUGAAAAUGACUACCAGAGUGCAAUCAGUGAGAACUACCAGGCCAUGUCUGAUACAACUUUCAAGGCUCUCCGUCGUCAGCUGCCUGUUACGCGCACCAAGAUCGAUUGGAAUAAAAUACUCAGUUACAAAAUUGGAAAAGAGAUGCAGAAUGUCUAAUGGGAGGUUUGGGUUAAGCCAGGGAUAAUCCACUGGUCCUACCUAAUCAUACCCACGGACUUACCAAAGCAAAACGAUCUCAGUUUGGGGCAAAGAAUACAUUGAAACAACUCAUCAAAACGGAGGAUUUGCAGACUGUAAUAAAUAUGCAUGUCUGAUCGAGGGAGAACUGUACUAAAGAAAAACAGUUUGCAGUAAGUGGUUACUUUUGAGUGCGUGAUGUGCAAGACUUGUUGGGUUAGUUAUCCAAGAAUGAGAGUUUGGUCAAUUCUGUCAGAACAGCAUAUUAUUAAAGACUCGCAGUGUGCAUAAAAUCAUCAUGUGCAAUAAAGCACAUCAUUUAUAAGGAUUUGUAGCAAGAUGUUAUAUUUCAUUUUUGGUUGGCUCAAUUUAGGGAAAAGGUGAGAUGAUCAAUAUUCAUGUAUUUAAUGAGACAUGAUGAAGGGAAGCUAGAGUUUGCCAAAUUUUACAGUGGCAAUUGAAAGUAACACAAACCUUGGCAUAGCCCUGCUCCUGAGAUGUAAACUUUCACAUACUGUUUUAUCUGCCAGGUAAGGGAACGUUUUUAAGUUGUCCUCUAUGUGUGUCUUUACUCAUGCAAGCCAUCAUGACUGAAAUGACAUGUAUUUUUCUCUGAAGCGGUAAUGUGGUCUUGCAUUGACUGCACUUAAUUCAUUUGCCAAAAUCUCUUUCCUAUGGUAAAGAACUCCAUCUCACACCCACAAAUGCACAUUUCUAUUUUAAUAUACUGUUUUCUUUUGGAGUCACGAAAUAUUGUACUGUUAAAAAAAUGUGUCGGUCAAUGCCAUGUGCCUGUGCACACAUGCAAGAUGUUAAGUUCUACAGAGCCACAUCAAACUGUAACUACACUAAUACUUAAAAGUAGACAUUUUUGGAUAGAUGCUAUGUUCAACCCUCAGACGGUUACCAACUUUGUGUGCUAAACUGUUAUGUGUUGCCUGUACUGCCCCAUUCUGUUGUGUGAAUUAAAGGACAAAAAUUAAAGGACAAUAACUUGCUUAUUGAU